AUGAAAUCAUUACCAAAUACCAGCUGUAAUGCUCCAGUCAACAUUAGAUUCAAGUUCCAAGUAUUGGCACAGAACAAACAAUUCAUCUUUGACUCCGGUUUUGAAGACUAUAAUGAAGAGAUCAUACAAAAGUUCUUAGAUGCACAGGCCACUGUGGACACCUACCUGAAUACAGACUUCUUGCAGGCACUUGAGGAGAAGUUCUUCAAUGUGACCUCUGCUGAAGUUAAGGUUCUGUUAGUAUUUUCAGAUGGGUUGGAUGAUUCGCUGGAAGAUCUCAGGAAAGCAUCUGACUCGCUUCGCUUUAAAGAUGAUGCCAGAAAGGACACCUGGGUGUACAGAGGUUCCAGUUUCUGGAAUCCGUCUUCAACAGCUGAUGCGACUCAGGACAGCCCCCUCUCACUGAUGAGUACAGCACCAGAGGAUACUGUUGCAGAAAGGAAAUGCUGUAAGGUUAUUUGUAAAUGCCUUGGAGAAAAUGGUGAUCAUGGUGUCCGGGGAAGUCCAGGAAGGAAGGGGGCCAGAGGCUACAGAGGAAAUCAGGGUGAAUAUGGUGAGAGUGGAUUUGAUGGCACUGAUGGAGAGCAGGGCAGAAAAGGCCUCAUAGGAGAACCAGGUGAACGAGGAGAAUCUGGUCUAAGAGGAGAUCAUGGAGAUCCUGGGGCUAGCAAUAAUGUUACUGGUCCUAAGGGUGAAAAAGGAAGCCUAGCACCGCAGGGAGAUCCAGGCCCACAUGGACUCCAAGGAGAGCAGGGUGAUGCUGGCCCUCAUGGUGCAGCAGGUCGAAGAGGCCCUCCAGGUAUAAAGGGUGAGCAAGGAGAUCUGGGAGAAGCAGGUUACCCAGGAGAGACUGGUCUUCCAGGCCCACAGGGUAGUCUGGGGCCCCCAGGUUCACCUGGCUCUGUUGGAAAGUUAGGUGCAAGAGGAGCAAAGGGUGAACCUGGUGACCCUGGAGAGAAGGGCCCAGUUGGACCACCUGGACAGAGAGGCAUCCCUGGUGUGGAUGGAAGAGAUGCCUAUGGUCCUGAAGGAAGCAAAGGAGCAAAGGGAGAAUCUGGGUUCAUAGGAUAUCCUGGUCCAGAGGGUGCCAAGGGACCAGUGGGCACCAUUUUAAUGGAACCUUGUGAACUCGUGAAUUUUACAAGAAGAAACUGCCCUUGCUCAUCAGGUAAGUCCACAUGUCCAGCUUACCCAACUGAGGUGGUGUUUGCCUUCGAUAUGUCUGACGGUGUUACACCAGUUGCAUUUGAAAGAAUGAGGAACAUUGUCACACUGUUGCUGAAGACCAUUAAGAUCAGUGAAAGCAAUUGCCCAACAGGCGCUCGUGUCUCUGUUGUUUCUUUCAACACCAAUAUGCGCUAUCUCAUCCGAUUCUCGGAAUUCCAGAAAAGCAGCUUGCUGCAACAAGCAGUCCAGAGGAUACCUCUGGAGAGAUCCACUGGAAAGCGAAAUAUUGGGGCAGCCAUGAGAUUUGUUGCGAGAAAUGUCUUCAAACGUGUUCGUCAGGGCAUCCUCACAAGAAAAGUAGCCCUAUUUUUUGCCAAUGGUCCAUCUCAGGAUGAUGUUGCCAUCAACACAGCUGUGCUUGAGUUGAGUGCCUUGGAUAUCACUCCAGUGGUUAUUGCCUUCAGUGAAGUGCCAAAUGUCAGACGUGCCUUCUCGGUAAGUAGUUAG